AUGGCAUCCAGGCUGCUGCUCGCCGUCGCUGUGGUGGCCGGCUGCGCGGUGGGGCUCUCCGGCGCGACGAUCCACAUCGCUGGGGCCAACCACGGGUGGAAACCCAACAUGAACUACACCCUCUGGUCUCGCAGCCAGACCUUCUCCGUCGGCGACCUCAUCUCGUUCCGGUACCAGAAUGGGACGCACAACGUGUUCGAGGUGAACGAGACGGGGUACGGCAGCUGCACCAUGGACGGGGUCGCCGGCAACUGGACCUCCGGCAAGGACUUCGUCCCGCUCGUCGAGCCCCGCCGCUACUUCUUCAUCUGCGGCAACGGCUUCUGCCAGGCCGGCAUGAAGGUCGCCAUCACCGUCAUCGGCCAGGAUUUCCAGUUCCACGACCACGGGCCAGAGAUGGAGACAGAUUGCCCUGCUGAUUGCGGCACCGCCGCUGCCUCAGUUGCCGCUAGGCUCGUGGUCACAGCGCUCGCGGUUGCCAUUGCUGCUCUCGCCUAG